AUGCUGUCGAUACUGCGAAAAGCACGCUUGAAGGACAAGGAAAUGCGAAUACUGAUGCUGUGUGUGUUCUUGAAUUUGGGCCUGGACAAUGCCGGAAAGACGACCAUUGUGAAGAAGAUUAUGAAUGAAGACGUGAACAGCGUCAGCCCUACACUCGGCUUCAUUAUCAAGACAAUAGAAUACGAUGGCACAGGGGAUGUGGGCGGGCAGAAGACGCUGCGCACAUACUGGAAGAACUACUUCGAGAAGACUGACACGCUCAUCUGGGUAGUCGAUGCAACGGACCGCGAGCGGAUAGACGACUGUCGCCAUGAGCUGGCAGGGUUGCUGCAGGAAGAGCGUCUCUCGGGAGCAAGCCUGCUUGUCUUCAAGAACAAGAGCGAUGUUCCCGGGGCCAUGACCGAGGACGAAGUGCGCGAGGGCCUGCGACUCGAGGCCAUCAGGACUCACAAAUACCACAUCAUCACGUGCAGCGCCAUGACAGGCAUGAACCUGCAAGAAGGGCUCGAGUGGGUGGUACAGGACGCCAAAGCAAGACUGUUUCUCUACUGA